AUGGGGAACUGUUGUGAAGGUUUGUGUAAUUUCUUCGGCCGGCAAAAGAACACCAAUGUGCGUGUUAGUCUGCCCGCUGUCUGCUUUGUCUGGCAGAUUGCUAUGAUUAUCCUGUUUGGAGUUUUCAUACGGUAUGAUGACGAGUCAGAUGCCAAGCAUUGGGCAGAGCACAAGAAGAGUCACAACAUCACCAGCGAUAUUGAAAAUGACUUCUACUUCAGAUAUCCCAGCUUCCAGGAUGUGCACGUCAUGAUCUUUGUUGGAUUCGGUUUCCUCAUGACCUUCCUGAAACGCUACAGCUUCAGUGGAGUGGGCUUCAACUUCCUGAUUGCCGCCUUUGGUCUGCAGUGGGCUCUUCUCAUGCAAGGCUGGUUCCACUCCCUCGAUCAUAGCACCGGAAAAAUCACCAUUGGAGUGGAGAGUCUGAUCAAUGCAGACUUCUGCUGCGCUGGCUCUCUGAUCGCCUACGGUGCCCUCCUGGGAAAAGUAAGCCCUGUCCAGCUGCUGGUGGUGACCUUGUUUGGCAUCACACUGUUUGCCGUGGAGGAAUUCAUCAUCCUCGACCUCCUUCAUUGUAGAGAUGCUGGUGGCUCCAUGGUCAUUCAUGCUUUCGGAGGAUACUAUGGUUUGGGCAUCUCCUGGGUCCUCUACCGACCGAACCUUCACCAAAGUAAACGCCUCAAUGGGUCUGUCUACCACUCUGACGUGUUUGCCAUGAUUGGUACACUGUUCCUGUGGAUGUUCUGGCCCAGUUUCAACUCGGCCAUCACAGACCACGGUGAUGGACAGCACAGAGCGGCCAUCAACACUUACAUAGCCCUUGCUUCCUGCGUUCUCACCACUGUGGCCAUCUCCAGCAUGUCUCAGAAGAGAGGAAAAGUGGACAUGGUACAUAUUCAGAAUGCCACCCUGGCUGGUGGUGUUGCCAUGGGAACAGCAGCAGAGUUCAUGAUCACUCCUUACGGUGCACUGAUUGUGGGUUUCCUAUGUGGCAUCCUCUCCACCUUUGGCUACCUGUUUGUCUCGCCCUUCUUGGAGAAGUCUCUCAAGCUCCAGGAUACGUGUGGAGUCCACAAUCUGCACGCUGUACCAGGGAUGCUUGGUGGCUUCACAGGUGCCAUUGUUGCUGCAGCUGCCACUGAAUCUGUCUAUGGCAAAGAGGGGUUGAUCAGCACAUUUGACUUCGAAGGAGCAUUUGCCGGCAGAUCUGUGGGAACGCAGGGAGGCUUUCAGGCUGCUGGCACAUGUGUGUCAAUUGCAUUUGGACUCGUUGGAGGGGCAAUUGUCGGUUUCAUCCUCAAGUUCCCAAUCUGGGGCGACCCUGCGGAUGACAAUUGCUUUGAUGAUGAAGUUUACUGGGAGGUUCCUGAAGAUGAGGAGACCAUCCCUCCUGUUCUGGAGUACAACAACCACAUGAUACAUAAGCACCAAGACAUCUCUGAGUCAAACUUCUCCGUGGAGCAGAGUUAG